CGAUCUUGAUUAUUAUGAUGAUGUCGAUAGUAAAUAGUGGUGUGACACAGACGUAAAAAUAUAUUUUGUGUCAAUUGUAUGUCGUUUUCUUAAAUUUCAGAAUGGCUGAUAACGAAGCGAAGGGACGAGAAUUAAUGCAAGAGGCAGAAAAGAAGCUUUCAUCCUCAAAAGGAUUCUUCAGUUCACUAUUUGGGAGCUCCUCAAAAGUGGAAGAUGCAGCUGACUUGUUUGUUAGAGCGGCUAACAUGUUUAAAAUGGCCAAAAAGUGGGCAGCUGCUGGUGAAGCAUUCUGUCGAGCAGCUGAGCUACAGGUGCAGUUAGGUAGCAAACACCAGGCAGCCACUGAAUACGUUAAUGCUGGCACCUGUUAUAAAAAAGCUGAUCCCAAUGAGGCAAUCAACUGUUUACUAAAGGCCGUAGAAAUUUACACUGAUAUGGGUAGAUUUACCAUAGCAGCUAAACACCAUGUCUCCAUUGCUGAAAUCUAUGAAACAGAUAUGGUGGACAUAGAGAAGGCAAUAACAAGCUAUGAACAUGCUGCAGAUUAUUAUAAAGGGGAAGAAUCUAACAGUUCUGCAAACAAAUGUCUUGUUAAAGUUGCCCAGUAUGCAGCGCAGCUUGAACAGUAUGAGAAGGCAAUAUCUAUCUAUGAAGAAAUUGGUGUGUCAUGCAUGGAUAACCAGCUUCUGAAGUACAGUGCCAAGGACCACUUUUUUAAGGCAGCUCUUUGUCAGUUGUGUGUGGACACACUGAAUGCUGAGCAAGCCAUUCAGAAAUAUGAAGAAAUGUUUCCACAGUUUGGGGAUGCCAGAGAAUGCAAGCUUCUCAAGACUUUGAUCAGUGCAAUAAAUGAAGAGGAUAUUGAUAAAUUUACUGACACAGUCAAAGAUUACGAUAGUAUAUCCCGUUUGGACCAAUGGACAACAACCAUGCUGCUUAGAGUCAAGAAGAAUAUCAGUGGGGAGGAUCUUAGAUGAUUUCCCCCCUAUUUUACCCUCCCACAAGAUCACAUUUAGUGUUUCUCUUUGAUGGAUGUAAUUUUGAUAUUAUACCUUUGAAGGAUUUUUCUUACUACUGUUAUAUGCUAUGUGUCAAAAGCAAUGUUGUGGACAUUUUCCUUUGAAUUUUGAGCAAAAAUGUACAAUCCAUUUGUUUAUGACAAUAAUAUGCAACAUUCUCAUUACCUCUAAUACAUUGUUCAGCUGUUAACGUGUGUUGGAUCAUCUUGAAUGUGAUAUGGCAUACGGCAUUGUCAUGUUAUUCAAAACAAAAGUAGAAAUGUGAAAAACAUUUUAACUGAUAUAUUACAUGUUGUUGUUUUUCCAAAACAUCAGUUGUCAAUUGAUAGACAAUUUAGUAAUUGUUUUUAGAUUUACCAGUAGAUGUACAUGUAGAUUUGCUGUUGAUGCCUCAUAGUUUUCUAUAGACACAAAAGAUAGCUUUGUGCAUUCACUGCAAACUUAACCUAAUUAAAUGAACUUAAAUGAACUUCAUAUGGCAUUUACAGUGUAUGGCAAAAGCAUUACCUAGAAAAGAAGAGAAAAACUCUCAUUUUAUGUUUUAAAAAUUAUUACAUAAAAGUGAAAUCUUCUUACAGGCAUAUAUAUUCAGCUGCACUGGAUUACCUGAAUAUCAGUUAUGGAGUAUGAAAUGUUGUUACAAAAUUGUUGACAAAAUUUUAUUACUGGAAUCCCGUAUUUAAAGUAUGGUAUAUGAAGUUAUUAAGUGCUGUAUGUCUUCAAUUGUCUUGAUAACCAUAAUAAGUUUCUAAUGUAUAAAAAUGAUCAGUGGUUUGUUAAAUAUUUUAUACAUGUAACAGAUGUAAGUUGUUAUUAUGCAUUUCAAAAUGUACAAUAUACUUGUCCGUCAAUUUGUGAAUAAGCUUGAAUUGAUAAUAAAGUUAAAAAGCACCAA